UAGUUCAAUCGAACUUAUUCUGAACGAUUUAAUACAACUCUAAUGAAUUGGCGCAAUUUUGGCAAACAAAACUAAACAAAAUAAAAAUAGUCGAGGAACGAGCAAGGUAAACGAUCGAGUCAAGUACAAGCUAAACUACUCAGGCUACAACAAUGACAACAACGACGCCUACACUGCAGACGCGCAUGGCACUAGCUGAAAUACCGGAUCGCCUGGAGGCACUCCGUGUGGCGAAUACACCAACAAAUGCCAAUCGUCGAACGCCCGACGAGCCCACGCCGGCAGCCACAGCCAACACGCCUAAUGGUGGCGGUGGCGGCCUGGGAUUACGUGAGGUUAAUGACUUGAAUGUGGCGCAGGCACAGGACUUUAGUUUCUCGCCACUGCCCUCGCCAGAUGAACUAAUUAUCCGCCAACGCGGACGUCGUCGCUUAACAACGACCUUCUCACCAGACAAAGUCAACGGCGGCGUCGGCGGCAGCGGUAGCGGUAACUCAAUACGCAGUCCCUUCCAGCGUACGCCAACGAAAAAUCUACAAUUAACCAGCGGCAUGAUAUUGCGCAGUUCCCCACGUAAACGCCUAACCAUGGGCAGCACACCGCCCGAACCGACGCCUAUGGAAAUCUAUUCACCCAUCAAAUUAACCAGCACUAAGCAACAGCUGUGGCCAGGUACGCCGAUAGUGAAGAAAUUGAAAAUGGACGAUCGUCCUGUGGCUCAGACAAACAGCGAUGUGCCGCUGCCAGCGUUGCUGCAGGGUCUCUCACAGCAACAACUCAUUGAUUUGAUAAUGUGCAAUAUAAAGCAGGAGACGGCGGCAGCGACACAAAGCGCCGAGGACCAGAUACGUGCUCAGUUGCCCACGCCAGACAUAAGUUUGCUCGAGCAGGAGCUGCAUUAUGCCAAGCGGCUUAUAUUCAAGUCGCUGCCCACAUCAAGGCUGUGCAAGAAAACGGAUGCCGCUGCCUACUCCAAGGCGGCCAUACAUCUGAACGAGUUUAAGCGCGUGCUGCAAACGCAGGCGAAGCGUCUGCACGAUUCCACACACUGGGAUGCACUGGUCGACUAUGUUAGCAUGGCCUGGCAGUGUGUGGCUAGUACGCCCAACUGGGAAAGCAAUUCACACAAUGCCGUUCGAAGGCAAUGCUUUAAGCUGCUGGCCUGCUCCUGUUAUGCGGCCAUCAAGCACGGUGGCAUGCGGCUGGGCCAGACUCGGUUAGAGACACUGGAACGGAAUUUGCGUGAAUGGUCGAAGGACUAUGAGGAUGUGCUAUCCUGUGUAAAUGCAUUACAGCGCACGCUUAACAGCCGAACCAGCUUAUAAAGCCAACAGAGAGGUGGGAGACUACAAACAUAUAUAGACUUAAGGCCGACUUGCUGAACUCGAGGUUUAGUGGACCG